CGCAGACAGCCGUCAUGGACCAAAAACCGGGGGAAACGGCAGAGGCAUAUCAGGACCGCAUGCUGGCUUUGAUCAUAGAAGCCAAGCAGCGGGCGGAUGUAGUAGCAGCCGCAGAGAAGAAGAAGGUGGAGGAUGCCGAGCAGGCACGACUGCUAGCUCUUGAACAGCAGCGUCUGCAGGCCGAGGCAGCAGCGAAGGCUGCAGAUGAAGAACGAUUGAAGCGGCGUGAGAAGAUUUUCAGCGGGGAGCAAGCAUUACUCAUAUUGGCAGUGGAAUGGCGAACUGAGGCGGAAACAGGGAAGAUGGAGGAGAGCGAGAACAAGAUUGCCCUCCUCCUUUCCCAUCUCACGGACCUCCUGGCGACAUGCAUCGCGCAGCAGGAGGACAUUCACAGCCUCGAUGCCGAAGUCAAGAGUGUUCGCAGCCGCGUACAGCAGCUGGAGCAACGACCCGCCGCCGCCCCUGUGGCAAGCUCCUCCAACACAUCAGACCGCCUCAACGCAUUGGAGAUUGACGUCAGCGCACUCAAGGACGGCGCACGACUACAACAAACCGCUACUCAACAAUUGGAGCAGCGGGUCUGUGCAGCCGCCGCCAGCCCGAGUUUGGGACAGCGCGACGAAUGCAAGCACCACGCGUACUUAUACUCCCGGUCGGGAGGCGCAUGCCAGGCAUGGCUGGACAAUCACUUGUCCCAGUACGGGGUGGUCGCUGCCGAGUUACACACGAAAAUCAGCUGGGAAGACCUCAAGGCGGCGUGGCACAAGCGGUUCCAAGCGGAGCCGCCGGAGAUCAAGGCCAUGGACAAGCUCAUGACCUUCGAGCAAGGCUCGCUGCAAAGUGUCGACUGGAUUGCCGAGUACCAACGCUUGACAUCCGUCCUAGGUCUCCCGAUGGGUUUCAAAGCCAUCAAGCACUAUUUCAUUUCAAGGUCGUGCCCGGCGUUGAGCAACGCCUUGACGCAUGUUGAGGACACACUGACAACGACGGCGCAACUGUUCGAUAAGGCCGCGGAGAUUAUCGUCACAAACAAGGAGGCGAAGAACCUCACUCGUGUUGCAGCAGGCCCGAGCAAGGACCAGCAUCGGCCCAAGGUGGCCGUGGCUGCGGCGGCAUCGCCAAGCAGCCAAUCUAGCGAGGCGGAGUCUGCCAAUGAAGGAGACAGACUCGCAGCUGCCCGGGAUGACAGCGGGCUGCCCUACCAAGGGGAAGGGCAAGCAAGGAAACUGAGCGCCGCCAAGAGUGCGUCGACGACACUCUCGACGCCUUCGGACCCGGUUUCUUCGCGAGUAACCGACCUUCAUUCCGGGGCGCAUGCGGAAGCCGAUAGUCCUCUUCUCUAUUCUUUUGAGGACUAUGCUGCCCGGCUCGUUCCGACGCUGGGAUCUUUUGCUCAAGGACAAGACGUGUGUGCAGCAUCUUCUCCGUCCGGCAGCGGUUCUUCUUCGUCUUCAAGUGGUUCUUCACGGGAUUCGGCGCGCGAGUUCAACAUAGAGGAAUUGAACCCGCUCACGUCUGAGGAUUUCGCAUGGCUUCCUCUCCUGACCACGGGCCGCUUGCCGGGACCGCAAUGCGCAGCACUCUGCGCCCAUCUUCACAAGUACUUGUCCUUCUAUGCACCACCAACUUUGCCGACGGAUGACGAGGUCGCGGUGGGGGACAUCUUGGCAUAUGUUACCAAGGUGGCCCGCGAGUUUCGCACGCAGCGGUACGACGACAAUGACGCACCGCUGAUGUAUGUCCGCAUCCAAGUUGGGCAAGCGUCCUGCAGCGCUUUGCUGGAUAGCGGCGCGACUCGCAACUUCAUGAGCCAAGCCUUUAUGCAAAGGGAUGGCCUCGUCGCGCAGGUUCGAAGGAAGGCAAACCCGACGGCGAUCAAGUUGGCGGAUGGAAAGACGCAGCAACUUCUUGACCGUUACAUCGAGGCUGUACCGGUCACGUUCGACAUCUUGUACACGGACUUCGAUAUCAUCAUGGGAAUGCCUUGGCUCGCAAGUGCGGAUCACACGGUCAACUUUCACCAGCGGACUCUCAGCGUUCGCGACACCCUCGGCGCCGAGGUGCCGUGUACUAUUCCUCUUCCGCACCCUUCGAUCCGGUGCCAGGUCGUGACGGCCAAAUCGUUCCGGGCUACAUGUGCAUAUGAGCAACCCGACGAGAUAGGCCUAUGUUUCUUGCGGACCGUCGCGGUAGUCGACUCUUCACCAUCAGACUUGUCUUCCGACCCCCGUGUGGUAUGGCUGCUUGACGAGUUCGCCGACAUCUCGAGUCACCUACCGGUGUGGUGCCGGAUCGACCGAUCUCUCACGAGAUCAUUCUUGAGGCCGGUGCCGUGCCGCCGAAAGGUUGCAUCUAUCGGAUGAGCGAGGAGGAACUGGAGGUCCUUCGCGCACAACUCGAUGAGUUGUUGGCCAAGGGCUGGAUCCGCCCUAGCAGCUCCCCAUA